AAUUGCCCUGUUUUGACCUUCAUCCUACUCCCCAUUAACUUCAUGCCACUAAUAAAAAACAUGAUGCUAUGGCUACCAUGGUUUUACUAUGGCAAUCUGCACCAAUUUCUCUCCAUAUUUUAGAGUUGUUACAUGAAAUCAAGAUUUAGUACAACCUUUAGUAAACCUGAAUCCUUCUCUGACUCUCAUGAAUUGCAUAUUUAAUUAGAAGAACAUGUACCUGUUUUAGUUAACUUGAGCCACAAAAGUGUGAAACAACCUCUUAUGAAGAAUGCUGGUUAAUUCAAACUUUAAAGUGACUUCAGAUAAUCAUUCAUCUUCGUUCUGUUUUUUAUUAGCUUUUCCAGUUGACAGAUGUGAGAAAUUCACAGACCUUUCUCUCCAUCAUGCCCUCGUUGGAACAAGCAUCAGAGUCAGGCUACUGCUGUACACCAGGGAUAAUGACAGCUGUGCUGUUCUCCUGUCUCACACCAACCUGACAGAGCAUCCACAGUUUAACCUGUCCAGACCCACCACCUUCAUCAUCCAUGGAUUUCGGCCCAGCGGUUCUCCCCCAGUGUGGGUGGAGGACUUCACAAAGAGACUGCUGGGCAGAGGAGAUAUCAAUGUUGUGGUAGUUGACUGGAACUAUGGAGCUGCUAAUAUUGAUUAUUUCUUUAAGGUAGUAGGGAAUACAUACAAAGUGGCAGAAAACCUGACAGCCUUCAUUAGAAUGAUGAAGGAUCAUAAUGCUUCUCUAAGCUCGAUUCAUAUGAUUGGAGUCAGUCUGGGAGCCCACAUUUCCGGUUUUGUGGGAGCAAACUUUAACGGCUCGGUGGGAAGAAUAACAGUUAACAAAAAUGUUUUUAUUAUGUCAGUGACAAACUACAGAGUGGAUGUGAUGGUUUGGAACAACAAAAAGCAUUGGGGACAAGUGGAUAUUGAAAUACAUAACGGCACUGAUAAAGCAAUGGCAGAAAUCAAUCAUAAAGCAACAAAGUUCAGCAAGGAAGAAGGGACCACGAUGCUGGCUGUGUUUGACAGAGAUAUCCAGCCAGUAAAAACAAUCUCUCUAAAAUACCAUGCUGGGACAGCAUGUAAUUCCAACCGCAAACUCCGGGUCCUCAGAAUUCGUUUUACGCCACUUGAUCACAAAGAGAGCCCUCUCUGUCGGUAUGACAUCCUUCUUGAGAACAAGAAGGAAGUCAAGGUCAGGCCUAUUCCAUGUGAAGAAACCGAGCCAUGAAGUCAAGCUGAAAUGUAAAAAAGUCGUUGGGCUCAUCCGUUUCUCUAAGACUGGUCAGAAAAACAACAACGAAGCCAAAUGGAAUUUUAAGACAAAAAAGAAUGACCCGUCAACCAAAGGAUUACUGAUCAUUUGGAAAUAUAAUAUAUUUUGAUAUAUUUAUUUUCAAGAGGGUGUAAAUACAAACAUAUCCAUUAAUCGUUGUAUGUG